AUGAGAGGGCCGCCUACGCCUAACAUGCCUACGCCAGCGGCUGAUUUCGACCAACAGCUGACGGGAUCGGCUCCCGAUCCCCCAACUCCAGCCGCGUCCCCCGGACCUGCACACUGCCAACCAGACUGGAGCAAUGCCGCCGAUGACGAAGACUUCUUCUUGGCCAAGGUCCGACAGCAUUUUCAGAACUCUUCCGGUCCGCAGCGGACCAGAAUUCUGGCUGAUUUGUUGAACCUCUGCACGAGCCAACAGCUUAGCUUUGUUCACCAAUUUGUCAGCCCAUUAUUGAAGAAGGACCCGUUCACCAGUCUUCCAGAUGAGCUAUGUUUACGGAUAUUAUCAUUCAUUGACGACCCCAAAGUCCUGGCGCGAUCGUCGCAAGUCUCGAAGCGUUGGCGAGAUCUCCUGAGCGAUGACAUGACGUGGAAGAACCUUUGCGAGAAGCACGAUUAUGGUCGCCGAAUGUCGGAGGUCUCGCCCUCAGCUCCGAUCAUGACGACGCGAUCCUCGGCCUACGCUGUCGAUGUCGAUAGCGAGAUGUCCAGUAGCUUCCCGGGAGCCUUUCCCUUCACAUCACACGCCCCAAGUUCGAUGAGUUUUGAGAGCAGGAGGCCCAAAAUACGUUCAUACAAGUCCCACUUCAAGCAGAGAUACCUCGUGGAAGCAGCUUGGAGAUCUGGCGGCACAAGCAUCACUCGCAAUAUUACACAGGAAGGAGGCGUGGUCACUAGCUUGCAUUUGACGCAAAAGUACAUCAUUGUCGCCCUCGAUAACGCCAAAAUCCAUGUCUUCGAUACCGAUGGCAACUCGAUGAGAACUUUGCAGGGUCAUGUCAUGGGAGUCUGGGCUAUGGUGCCCUGGGGGGAUACUAUGGUCAGCGGUGGGUGCGAUCGCGAUGUGCGCGUUUGGGACUUGAAGACUGGUGCUUGUCUACAUACAUUGCGAGGCCAUACAUCGACCGUUCGAUGUCUGAAGAUGGCUGAUGAGAAUACCGCCAUUUCCGGUUCUCGAGACACAACGCUGCGCAUCUGGGAUAUCCGCACCGGAUUAUGUAAAAACGUCCUUGUCGGACACCAGUCAAGUGUACGGUGCCUGGAGAUCAAGGGCGACAUUGUAGUAUCCGGGAGCUACGAUACGUUUGCCAGAGUUUGGAGCAUCUCAGAGGGAAGAUGCUUGCAGACACUACAAGGACAUUUCAGCCAGAUUUAUGCUAUUGCAUUUGACGGCAAGAGGGUGGCGACUGGGAGCCUGGAUACUAACGUUCGAGUCUGGGACCCCAUGACUGGAGAAUGCCUUGCUAUUCUCCAGGGCCAUACAUCUCUUGUCGGGCAACUGCAGAUGAGGGGUGAUACUCUAGUGACGGGUGGUUCUGAUGGUUCGGUCCGAGUAUGGUCUCUGGAAAAGAUGUGCCCUAUCCAUCGCCUUGCUGCCCAUGACAAUAGCGUCACAAGCUUGCAAUUCGACGACACUCGAGUUGUUAGUGGAGGAAGCGACGGGAGAGUUAAGAUUUGGGAUCUCAAGACGGGCCAUCUUGUUCGCGAGCUGAUUGCUCAAUGCGAAGCGGUUUGGCGAGUUGCCUUUGAGGAUGAGAAGUGUGUCGCAUUGACAUUGAGGCAAGGUCGCACAGUAAUGGAGGUCUGGUCAUUUUCUCCUCCGGAAGAGAUGCUUUACGAUCGUCCCUUUUCGCUUCAGCAGCGUGUCCUCGAAGACGAUCCCGACCGUCCAAUGAGCGCGAUGGCGUUUGAUUACCGAGGCAAUGAUGUGACAAUGGCCGGCUUAGGUCGAGAUGCAUCAUCUCAAGAUAUGAGUAUGGUGGACGCUGGCCCGUCGACAGCUCCGCUUCAAGGAGGCAACAUGACUUUCUUCCACGACAAUUAA